AUGGCCGAUCCUGAUCUAUCAGAAGCACCGCUCCCCUCCUCCUUCGACCAAGAUGCAGACUUUCACAAUGAGAAACGACUGCACAAAUUUACGCGUCGGCUCAAGGAGGAGCCUCUGAUUCCUGUCGCUAUUCCAGGCUGCGCCCUUACGGUCUGGGCUCUUCAGAAUGCCGUUAGAUCAUCCCGAAGCGGUGAUUCCUCGCGCACGAACCAAUAUUUCCGAUACCGUCUCUAUGCACAAUCAUUUACUAUUGUGGCCAUGUUGGGGGGUUCUUUCUACUACAACGCCGAUCGCUUAAAACGUGGCGAAUACGUGAAGCUCAAGAAAGAGCAGGACAAACAGGCCAAGAAGGACGCUUGGAUUAGAGAGCUCGAGGCUCGCGACGCAGAAGAUCACUUAUGGAGGGAGAAGGUCAAAGAUAUACAGAAUGCGCAGCGGGAAGAAGCCGAGAGGACGCGGCUCGCGAGGCAGAAAGAAAAAGAUGAAGGUCAGGAUAGUGAUAGCCGGGGUGUUCUCGAGGCCGUAAGGCAAAAGAGUGAUGAGGCUAAGGCCAAGGAGACCAGGAUGCAGAAGGUGGAAGAAGGGUUUGAGAGACGUCCGAAGGUAGAGGGGAAAUUGGAGUCGCCUCCGCCACCGGGUGGGGGGCCUGAAAGACCAAAGGCGAAGCCGAAGAGUGUUUUUGGGGAAUCAGAAGAGGGUGGCAUCAUGGGAUUCGGUACUUUGAAGGCUUUGUGGAAGUAUCUGAGCUCAGAUCCUGAUGGCAGCGAAGAUGAGAAGUGA